UUCCCCGGCGCGCCCCCUCCCAGCCAAGCCAACCUCCAAAAGAACUUCAACUUGGAGACUGCCUGAAUGGUGACGGGAGAGAACAGUGUAACCUCCUCGCGCCAUGGACUGUAACUGCGUCUCGGACCUGCUGCUCACCUCGCCGGUCCCUGCUCUCUGGACCCCAGGGUUCGCCUUCCCAGACUGGGCCUACAAGCCAGAGUCGAGCCCCGGCUCGCGCCAGAUCCAGCUGUGGCAUUUCAUCCUGGAGCUUCUGCAAAAAGAAGAAUACCAGAACGUCAUCGCCUGGCAAGGGGACUACGGCGAGUUUGUCAUCAAGGAUCCGGACGAGGUGGCCAGGCUGUGGGGAAUCCGUAAAUGCAAGCCCCAUAUGAACUACGACAAACUGAGCAGGGCCUUGAGGUACUAUUACAACAAACGGAUCUUGCACAAGACCAAGGGCAAACGCUUCACCUACAAGUUCAACUUCAGCAAAGUGGUCCUGGUGAAUUACCCACUCUUGGACAUGGCUGCCAACUCCCCGUUUCUGCUGGCUCAGAACCCUUUCAACGGGAGCAACCAUGGGACAGAUUGUGCCCCCCUGACCCCUGAGACCCUGCAAAGCCUCUUCUCCAGCCCCCGUUUGGGGGACCCGGCCACCCGCACCCCACUCUUUGAACGCCAAACUGAGACAGAGAAGCUCAGACUGGAUGCAACCUUCCCUUUUCUGGGGUCAGGUGUUGCCGGAUAUACAAAACCCCCCAGUUUGCUGACUCCGUAUGGCAGGAACGCUUCCUUCCCAGAUUACCCCUGGAAUUUCAACCCUUACCUGUCCAGCUCUUUCCCCCUGAACAGCUCCAAACUGCCCGCCUCCCUGUACUCCCCACACUUCUACCCCAACCCCCUGUCUGGAUCAUUAGCCCAGCUUCCAGCACCCAUUUCACUACUGCCGGGAGAUAGCACAGAGCGGGCUGCAGCCCUGGGGGGCGGCUCCGUCCCUCGCCUCUGUCUCCCUCCCCAUGGCAUGACCCUGCCCCUCCGUGGCGCUGGGAACGCAGCCAGCGAGCGUGAGAAGGAGCUGCUGGGUCCCAGGGCCCAGAGCCCUUCAGGGGGGCGGGGGGCCAAAGAGGACCCUGGCUCCGAUUCCGAGCUGGAGAUCACAGAUCUAAGCGAAUGCAGCUCGGAGAACGAAGGCUGCGAUUUCAGCCCCGACAGCUUGGAGGCGAUAGAGAGCCAGGUGCAGAAUUACAAGCGGCUGCAGACAGAGCGGACGGCAGGGGCAACAGCCAGCAAGCCGGAAGGGGUGGCAGAGGCCAGCCUGGGCACUGCCAAGGAAGCGAAGAGUCUGCCAGGCAGCUGAACACAUUAGGUGCCCCAACUGCUGGUCCCUCUCCAUCAGUAGCCAGAUUCUUAAGAGAGUUUAAAGCAAAGAAAACGAAACCUACCCCCAUUUGUUUGAUGUCUCUAUUUUUAUAGGAAAAUUUUAUUCAUUGAUUAUACUGAGUCUAAUUCCCCAAAGCACCCUCACUUUCUGCUCCCCCGUCCCCUUCACCCUGGUCUGGAAUACUCAUCCCUUUCCCCCCUCAACUUCAUCAAUGGAGGGCCUUGUCUUCACAUUCCUGGGGAGGCCCAGAUUGGAGCAAAAAGUCUUUCUGGGAGAAAGGGACGAGGGUUCAGGACAGGCAGCAGUGUGGCAGAGAUGUGGG